UAACACUGUAAUAGUAGCACAGGUGAAGUUAGUGAAUUUAGAAGUGCAGAAAUUUUUAUUUUACUUAAAUUUCUUUAGAAGAAAGUGUUGAUUGUUUGUGACAUAUUAACUAAUAUUUGCCAAUUAUGGGUGUUGUCACCAAAUCGCUGACAGUGGUCCUUGGUCUAACAGCUUGUGGACUGUCUGGGUAUUUUUUAUAUCUUCUUCUUCGUAAAGACGAAGACGAUGAUUAUACAGAUACCUUUGCCAAAGCUUCAAAAUUUAAAACGCACGAAAUUAAAGUUCCUAAGGACGUCGUUAGCUCUUUGAUAGGCAGAAAUGGCAAUAAUAUCAAGAAAAUUCAAGAACAAUCAAGCACUAGAAUUAAUUUUAGAGAAGUACAGGGCAGUGACGAUAGGAUUUGCAUCAUCAGGGGAUCUGUGGAGGCUUGUCAUAUUGCUGAAAAUUUAAUUCAGGAUUUUAUCACCAACCAGCCAAUUUUGGAAAGUCAUGAUAUGUGGAUACCUUUUGCAUCCGUAGGUAAAGUCAUUGGAAGAAAUGGCGACAAGAUUCGAGAAAUACAAAGUCUGUCUGGAGCUAAAGUGACUGUAACCGAUGAUGACAAAGCGUUGAAUACUAAGAGAGUAACUAUGAAAGGUACAAAAGAACAAAUAAACGUAGCCAAAUCUCUCGUCGAAGACAUAGUGGAACAAGUACUAGAACAGCAACAACGAUUAGAGGCGUCUUUGGCUAAAAGGGAACCUCGACUACCUCCAAAAUCUCCCGAAUCGAAUAAACGAAUUGAAAGUCCCCGAGGUGAAAGAAUGUCUCCAAUACCUGGUCAGCCUGAAGCACCGUUUGAAGUCUACAUCUCCGCUAUGGUGGAUCCUUCCCGUUUUUGGUUGCAGAUCGUUGGUCCAAAAGCGACAGAAUUGGAUUGCCUCGUUGAGGAAAUGACUGAAUACUACGGAAAAAUCGAAAAUAGAAACAUGCACGUACUCGACGAAGUUAAACAAGGCGAUUUAGUAGCUGCGACAUUCAUGUAUGACAGUAAAUGGUAUAGAGCAGAAGUUUUGAAGAUUACUGAAAACCCAAUGCAGGUAAACAAGCCGAGCUGUUCUACCUUGAUUAUGGAGAUACAGAUAUCUUACCCUGCAAAGAAUUGUUCGAACUGAGGACAGAUUUCCUUAGGCUGCAUUUUCAAGCAAUAGAAUGCUUUCUAGCGCGCGUCGAGCCAAAUGGAGAAUCCUGGUCAGUAGAAGCCGUCGAUCGUUUCGAGGAAUGGACCCACGUCGCCCAAUGGAAGAAACUCUCCGCCAAAAUGAACGGUUACAGCGCCAGGGAAAAAACGAGAGCUAAACGCGAGGGAUCACCUGUCCCCGGAGUGGAUCUAUACGAAAUCGAAGAACACGACAUCGACAUCGCCGAAGAACUGGUCAAAGCAGGCUUCGCGGUGUUUAAGAAGGAUGCGAAUUUGCUGUCGAGUAGUAGAGCUACUAGUAAUAGUAAUAUUAGUGUGGCUAGUAGCUCAUAGCUAUCGAAAAUGAAGCGGUAGGUAGACUAUUAGAGAACUCUUUAAUGAGGAUGAUCGUGCUUGGAAUAUUUGAGGUGGUUCGUUCAAAAGAAAGAUUGCUCAGUUUGUCAUUUAUACUAUACAUACGUGUACAGCGGACCAUAGGACUUCAAAGAGAGGUUUCAAAUUUUUCCCAGCUGGAACUCGAAACUUUAAAUAAAGUUUUUCUAAUUUUCCAAUUUCUGGACUACAACUUUUGUAUAUUACUUAGAUGGUUGAAUUUUUAAAACGUAACAAUACUUCAGUUUUUUUGCUGUUCUUUUAUCUAUACAGGAAUUAUUUUAUCCAAAACCUCAAUAAAUACAAAAAAUAUAUAUACAGUGGGUGAUCAAAUUAUUAUGAUCAGUCAAAUAAAGUUUUUCAAAUUUUUUCAAGAAUUUUAUAAUAAAAUCAUAUACUGCUAUACGAUUAAGGUAUGCCAAUAUAUUUUGUCACUAAUAACCUACUUUUUUUACGUUUACAGCUCUAGAACUGUCAUUUGUGUCAAAUUACGUGACAACAUACACAUUGAAUCAUCGAAUUAGAAUCUAUGGAGAGGGCAUCACGUGACUAAAAACGACCUCACUUCGGCCAUAUUGUUAAUACUAUUGUUAAUAUUGUUUUGACACUUUUGACAGAUCGUAUAAAUUUAUUUACGUUUGUUGUUUUUCGAAUAUUUUAAGUUUUAUAAUACUUUUAUAGAAACUGUAAUAAUAUAUUGUGAUAGUGCAUAAUAUUAGUUUCUUGUUCUCAACGUAGUUGCAGUAGCAGAAACAAUGCUAAUAAAAAAUCUUCAGGAAUAACGUUGUACAGGUUAGUAUACAAAUAUGUAAACAAAGUAAUGGCCCGUACUUCAGAGAAUAAAUUAAUAGUAUUUGACUGUAUUAAUUUAUCGUUAUGUAUAAUAUAUCGUGUUUUUAGUGUUUACCGCGGGAUAAAUAAAUCAUAGUUUAUUAAAAAUGUAUUGCACUUUUUAGAUUAUGAUUAAAUCUUCUAAAUAACUAGCUAUAUUUUUAUAGUAGUUUUAAUAUUAUUGAGUCCGGCCAUGAUCCCACCGCCAUAUUGGUAUUACCGUUAGCCACACCUACCUACGCCGUUUUUAAUACACACGUUAUUAUGCUCAUAGCUUCUCCAUAGAUUCUAACUCGAUGCAUUGAAUACACAUGAAUUUGCUCUUGGAGUUUACAACUGAAUUUGUAUGUUUUUGUACUGUUUUUGAAAGAUUAGUAACGUUUUAUAUUUGUAGUAUGUUUUAUUAAUGUAUUAGUGGUGAUGGUGAGUGAAAAAAAAACUAUCAGUUUUAAUUUUAAAGACAUUUUCAAAACAUUUCGAUUUUUGAGAAGAAAAUCAUAAUGGGUAAGGCUAAAGACGUUCCUGUGUCUAAAAUUGUGGAGAUAAAGACACUUUUAUUGAAUAUAAAGCUUUCCCAACGUCAGAUAGCUCAACAAUGCCAAGUAGCGCAAGCAACAGUGAGCAAUAUCAAGAAAAAAAUUGAUACCAACAAACCCUGACUCACCAGCGUGCCCAAAAAUGUGGUCGAAAGCGUAUCACUACACCCAGAGACGAAAGAAAAAUUUGGGAUAUCUUCGUAAACAAUAGAAAGAAGCCAGUUUCUGACAUGAAGUCCGCAGAAGGCUUGUUGAUCAAGGUUUCAAAUCAUGUCGCCCUACCAAAAAACCAAAGUUGAACAUCGUAAUGAUGAAAAAGAGACUAGAAUGGGCCAAAGAACAUCAAAAUUGAACAAUUGACGAUUGGAAUAAGGUAAUUUACGUCACUACUAAAGUUUAAAUCCCUAUAACCACUGUUUUUAUCCUAAAAAACUAUCUUAUAGUUUUUUUUUAUUCAACGAUUUGUUUCUUCGAUGAGUUUACAGUGGAGAUACUCAUGGAUUCGGACCUUCGUCUGAAGGCGAGUGGGUGAAAAAUAUCACAAGGAUUACACAGUGGAGCGAGUAAAGCAUUUUCUCAACAUCAUGGUAUGGUCUGUCAUCAGCAGUAAGGACACAGGGAGGCUGUACAUUGUGAAUGGAAUGAUGAAUCAACGUCAGUAUAUUAAAGUUCUGGAAAGAAAGCUCAUGCCACAAAUCAAAGACUGGUUUGGUGAAUCAGAGGAUUUUACCUUUACGCACGAUUCAGCACCGUUCCAUAAGGCAAAAACAGUAACAUCGAACCGGGAGAAAAAGAAAAUUAAAGUGCUUAACUGGCCAGGUAAUUUCCCAUAUCUCAAUCUGAUUGAUGGGAGCUUAUGAAGAGGGGGAUUACCCAGGAAACUGUCCCACGUAAGCAGCAGUUAAUUGAGAAACUCAUUGCCACCUGGCACAGAAACGAUAAAAUAAAAGAAGACUGCCUGAGAAACAUUCAAAGCAUGCCAAGGAGGAUCAAAGCUGUCAUCGAAGCUAAAGGAGGUCACACAAAAUAUUAGAAAAAGUUGUUAUUUAAGGUCAAAGAAAAAAUAUUUUAAAAUUUUGUAAAAAAACGUGUUUAUGAUCUAUUUUUAUAGUAUAUUCACAUCAUUAGACGCUUAUAUGAAGUUUUAUUCUUUAUCAAACAGCAAAAUACAAAGUUUUUUUGAAGUGAUCAUAAUAAUUUAAUCACCCACUGUAUGAACAGUUGUGAUUCGCCAUUAAAAGAUAUGCGGGAGUAAAAAUGAAGUCAUUAAAAGAGUCUAUAGGAAGAAAAAGUAUACAGAAUAGUAUAUAGGAAGAAAAUAUUGUUCUCCCUAUGUACAUAUAUUUUUAACUUUUUCAUAUAGCUUAUCCCACUUCACCCACUUUUAUUAAAGUUAAUAUUUUCGACUUUUCAUUUCAUUUCUACGUGUCACAUUUUAACGCAUGCAUUUAAACGACUUAAUAUGAAAAUAUACAAGCCAUCUCAAUUAUUUCAGGAACGAUUUAAGUGCCAAUCAAAUGUAGAUAGAAUUUUGUUGAGCUUAAUCGUUGUGAUGAGACUGAUGUUUAUUGUCGCGGUAGAUGAAUUUUAUCAAUUUAAGACAAAGAACUUUUAUAUAUUUGAUGGAUCUGUUAAUUAAACAAAAACGUAAGUUUGAUGUCAUGUUGCAGUUGGUAAUAAUAAAUGCUUUCUUACUACUACCAAUUCAACUUAAAAGUUUUAAGAGAUGGCAGCAAACUUUCAUUAUAGUGAGGUUGUGUUGCGCGGGUUUUAAAACGAUUCAUUUUAGUGGCGUUGGUUAAGCAAGUCUUGGCAAUAAUAUAGUGGCGGGCACGAGUUCAUCUCAAUAGCAGAUAACGCUAACUAACAACAGUAACCAAUAUGUCACAAAAGGUGUGGGGUCUCAGGAGCAUUAAGAUGUAGGAAUAUCGAAAAAAAUUGCUGAAAGAGCGGAUGAAGUUGAAUGAAGAGGAGGCUGGAUCCGAACACAACAUUGUUCCCACUAGGAAAGUAUAGUACAGUCGUCCAGAGACAAAAAUGAAACUGAACCUCUAAAAAUUAUACUAACAAGCUGAAUUUUACCGAAAAUGUCAAUUUUAGGACGCUAAAAAAGAUGCAAGAAAGUUUACCACUUUUACCACCGAGCUUUCUCCUAAAACCUCCCAUGUAGAGGGGGAAAACCGAAAAAAAUCGAUUUACCAAGAAUCUGUACGUCAUAAAAAAAUAUUUCAAAUAAAAUAUGUAGCUAAGAUAAUUUUGAACAAAAACGUUUAUCAGCAUUUUUUGUGUAGAAUGAACCGUUCUCUCAGAAACAACGAUUGAAGCGAUCGGUAAUUUUGAAUGUUAGUUACGCGCGCAUAAUAAAAUGCAAACGCAAUGCUUAAUAAAAUGUGUAUCAGAUCGACGGUAAAAAUUCAAUAUCUUUUGAUCAUUGCACUUUGUUAAUUAAACUAUAGAUAAAGUCACGUUCAGAUGGCAGUGUACGGAUAUAGGAUAACAGCGUUGCCAAUUCUACUGCCAUUGUAAGUUUUGCUACUUUUGUAAAAUAAGCAGGGCCAAACUCACGGUAAAGUAAGAUAUGUUUAGGUAAGCUAAAGUUGUUAAUAGAAAAUUCGUGAAUGAAAUAAAUGGUAAUAAUUCCUAAAAUGCUUUUAUACAUAAUACCGCAGUUAAUAGGGAAAAAAAUAUGAAAAAUAUUCUACAGGUUUUUUAAUGUUCUAAACGGUAGAUAAGGGAUAACUGAUGAUAAUUCCUUGAAGAAUUACAGCCAAUUUUGCUUUGUUUAUUUUUUAAAGAAAGAUGAAGUUUGGAAAAAAUCAUUUUUUUUGCCUAUUUUGUUCCUCGUGCAUUUUAGGGAAAAAUGUUUCAAAUAAAUGUUGCAGAUCUUAAAAAGUUUUUUAAUUUUUUAGUUUGUAAAUUAAAAUACAUAAACAAAUGACUGAGAUAAUUGCAAAAAACCCCUAAUUGAGGCCCCUAGAACACAAGGGUGUAAGUGCAGUUGCUUAUCACUUAGCAACUGAUAUCUAACAACAGGCACGUACUUUUGG